UUGACAUGUAAGGGGAGACUUGAGCCUCCAUAUUUCUUCCCUGAAGCUCCCACCCCUGUAUCUGCCCUUCUUGGCACAGGAGGUUUUUUUCUUUUUUAAAAAAAUAAAAAUAAAGCAGAAUCAGAGAAGUUUUCUAAAGACAAUCGAGGAAUUUUCAUGGAGUUUGGAAUUGAUGGCUCUAUUCAUGGUGAGACAGUAGGAAAUGCUAUCGUGAGGGAUGUUAGCUGUAUAGAGGAUGAAAUCAAAACAGGUGGUAGUUCAGUUGAACCAACUUAUAAACAGGAUCAAAGUGAUACACAGGCUCAAGAUUCUUCUGGGGGGGAUACAAUUCCAUCAGCAGUUCCUGCAGUAUCAGUUUUUUCAGCUGAGGAGCCCUAUGUGGGUCAAGAGUUUGAGUCUGAAGCAGCAGCGCAUGCUUUUUAUAAUGCAUAUGCCACAAAUGUUGGAUUUGUCAUACGUGUAAGUAAACUCUCUCGAUCAAGACGUGAUGGGUCUGCUAUUGGACGGGCACUUGUUUGCAAUAAAGAGGGUUAUAGAAUGCCUGACAAGCGCGAAAAGAUUGUAAGGCAAAGGGCAGAGACAAGGGUUGGCUGCAGGGCGAUGAUUUUGGUCAGGAAAGUAAGUUCUGGUAAAUGGGUAGUUACAAAGUUUGUUAAAGAGCACACACAUCCUUUGACACCAGGAAAAGGUAGAAGGGAUUGCAUUUACGAACAAUAUCCGAAUGAACAUGAUAAAAUUCGGGAACUCUCCCAGCAGUUGACUUUAGAGAAAAAGCGAGCAGCAACCUAUAAAAGGCAUCUUGAAUUGAUAUUUGAGCAUAUUGAGGAGCACAAUGAAAGCCUUUCAAAGAAAAUACAGCACAUAGUAGACAGUGUGAAGGAGAUGGAAAACAAAGAACCACAGAGUCAUAGAUAGGGCCAACUUUCAACAAGUUAGUUUUUGAUAUUUAUUUUUUUCACUGGAUGAAACAUGAAAUCAACCGCUGGUUCAAUGUCGCAGGACAAAGCAUUUAAUAAUAUCUGAUAAUUGCUGACUUGCGGUAUCUGCUGCGGUCCAGUCCAAUUCUAGUUGUCAGGCGGUUCUGUACUUCAGUUUGUUUGGUUUUUAUAGAAUUUAUUUAGUUUUUCCCUUUUAAUUCCAUGGUAAUUUUCGCUGGUAGAAGAAUCUAGUUGAGUCCAUGUACAGGCCUUGUGAGUCCUUUCUUAUGAAGUUUGUCUAACAACGUAUUGACAGCCAUAACGGGCAUUUAAAUGCCCUGAUAGUGUUGAAUCAUUCCAUUGUUGAUUUCGUGAGAUUUGAUUCAAGGCUCCCUUAUUAUGUAUA